CACCAGAGCGGUUUGCUUCGAAACGUGCACAAAAGGCGUUCAGCUUGGUGGCUAGUGAAGAGUCCGCACUGACCGCGACGUCGGGUUUACUUUUAAAAGAACUGAUAGUUACUUUCAUAAAAUAAAGCAUGUUGUUUGUUAAGAUAUUGUAGGCUUAUGGCGUCUUUUCCAGUUAGAAGAAGGCAAAGUCCAACUUUUGACCGACCUAAAAUGGCAGAGGGUUUCAACAUCUUGCCAAAGCUGAAUGUGGUUCUGUGUGGGAAUGACAGAUCAUUAAAAUCCUUCAUAUCAAACCUCAUCCUGAAUCAGAGAGACAGAAGUUCAGAGCUCAGAGAGUGUGUGAAGAUGGACGGGGAAGUUCAUGGACAUCUGAUCACUCUGGUGGAGCUUCCAGCUCUUGCUCAGAUAUCAGAGAAGGAAGUGAUGCGUCAGACUCUCCGCUGUGUGUCUCUCUGUGAUCCUGGAGUUCAUGUUUUUCUUUUCAUUGUUUCUGAUAGUCCACUUACUGAUGAAGACAAAAAAGAAACAGAGGAGAUCCAGAAAAUAUUCAGCUCAAAGAUCAACAACCACACCAUGACCCUCAUAAUCCAGAAGUCAGAUAAUGAGACAGAAGAACUAAAUGAAGAACUGAAGUCUGUCAUUAAGUGUUUUGGCGGAAGACAUCAUGUUCUUGGUCCAAACACACACACAUCUACAUUGGUUUCUAAACUGGAGCAGAUGGUGGAUGAAAAUUGUAGAAUUUUUUUUACCACAGAAACAUUUUUGGAUGCACAAAUAGAGAAAAUUGAAGAAACAAGGACAAAAGUAGUCACACAGAUUCAGCAACAAGAUUUAAGAAAGAUUUCAAAUGAAUUGAGGAUUGUCCUGCUGGGAAAAACUGGAGUUGGGAAGAGUGCAACAGGAAACACCAUCUUAGGGAGUGAAGUAUUUAAAGAAGAAAUGUCUCAAGAGUUAGUUACUACAGAGUGUCAGAGAGAGAUGUCUGAAAUCAAUGGUAGACACAUUACUGUGAUUGACACUCCUGGAUUGUUUGAUACUAAACUCAGUCCUGAAGAGAUCCAGAGAGAAAUCACUGAGUGCCUCUCCAUGAUUCUGCCGGGACCACAUGUGUUUCUGUUACUGAUACAAGUGGGACGCUUCACUCAGGAGGAGGAAAACACAGUGAAGAGAAUUCAACAGACUUUUGGUGAAAACUCAUUAAAGUACACCAUGGUGCUCUUCACCAGAGGAGAUGAUCUGAAGAAGAAGACUAUUGAAGAAUAUCUGGGAAAUCCUGAAUCUGCUUUGAUGAAGGUCAUUGGACAGUGUGGAAACAGAUACCAUGUGUUCAACAAUGGUGAGACUGAAGAUCGAACGCAGGUGUCUGAAUUACUGCAGAAAAUUAGUGACAUGGUGGAAGCAAAUGGAGGGAGUUAUUACACAUGUAAGAUGUUCAGAGAGAUGGAAAGAGAAAAACAUGAAGCAAAAAUGAAGAAACUAAUGGAUAAAGUGGAACAACUGAACAAAGAGAAAGAAGAUCUGCUGGCCAAACAUGAAGACGAAAAAAAGAAAAUGAAGAUGGAGAUGGAGGAAGAAAGACAGGUUCAUGACACAGAAAAGAGGAAGAGAGAAGAAGAGUUUCAGAAAUUCGAGACAAAGUUACAAGAGGAAAAACAAAGGAGAGAAGAAGAGUUUGAGAAAUGGAGGCAAAAAGAACAAAACAUGAGAGAUGAAUGUGAUCAGAAACUUAAGAAAGAGAGAGAUGAAUUCAAAAGAGAAAAGGAGAAAAUAGAAAAAGAAAAAGAGACAGAAACAGAAAAGAUUAAGAAAAAGAUGGAUGAAGAAAGACAGGUUCAGGACACAGAGAAGAGGAGGAGAGAAGAAGAGUUUAGAAAAAGUGAAGAACAAUACAAAACAGACAUAAAAAGAGAACGAGAGAAAUUGACAACAGUGUAUGAAGAAGACAGAAGUAAAGAAAUGGAGAAGAUGAAAAUGUGCUGCUUCCAGACAGACUCUUCUCUACAGAACGAGAACACUGGUCAAAACCCAAAUCUUGGACCAAAAACCAACCAACAGGUCAACAAACUCUACCGCAGACUAGAUUUGGCAAAAUACCUUCAAGAUAAAAUGAGUACAAAAGACAUUCUUGAAAUCAGUAAGUCUUCAUUUCAGUCUCAGGAACCACAGGAAGAGAAUGAACUUGUAAAUUCAUUCCUACAAAAGUUGCUAAACAUGGACUACAGAGCAAGAUACGCCAUCAUAAAACACAGAAAGAAAAAUAGCCAAAAAACACCUGCCACUAAAACGGAAGGUGAGGAUCACAGUGCAAACUACAACGCUGAAGUCAGUAACAAUGAGAUUCACCCGAUGGAUGUUCAGAUGGCUGUGUUUCAUUGUGCUGAUGGUUUCCUGAAGCAGCUGAUGGUGACUAAACUCUCACAGUGUCAGUAUGCACUGCCUCUGCUUGUUCCUGAUCCAUUCACACAACAGAUUGAGUUUCCUCUCUGGACAUUCAGACAAAUCAACAAGAGCUGGAAGAUGAAGAACAGCAACAAUGAGAUCAUCAGUCAAACCCAGCCGGUCUACAAGGCUGAGACUCCAAUGGUGUCUUUCUUCAGGUUUGGCUCUGUGUCUUCAUCUAAGUCUCAGCUGAUGAACAGCCUCAUCAACGAGAAACACAACACGUUCUUCCACAGGAACUGCUCAGGCGGCAGCAGAACCAGAUUACUGAUGGAUGGAGUGGUAGAGAUCGCCUGGUACUGUCCUUCUGGGAAACAGACUGACACAUUUGAUGACUGUGUGGCUUUCUGUAAUCUUCACGGCGAUGCAGCAGACAAUGAGAAACAAUAUGAGAUUCUGACCAGUAUGGCUUCAGUAAAUGUCCUCUUCUUGCCAGAUUUUGGACAGAAGAACUACUACAAGGGUUUGGUAACAUCACUCUUCAAAUCUCCUCAGCCUCUCAUUUGUCUGCUCACCGACAGUGACUCUGCUCUAACUGAACUGGGGAAUGGGAAAUUCAUAUUUGGCAUUCUGAACAAAAACCAAUCUGAUGUAUCAGAGCAAAUAAGAGAGAAUAUCAGAGAGAGUUUGACCAAGCAAAAAAAGAGCUUCAAGCUUGAAGAUGUGGCCAAACACACAGGAAUCAGAGUAGAUGAGGAUGAUCAGGAGUGCAAGAGAGGGAAAGAGGCAGCAGAUCAGAUCAUGUGUUUACUGAGAGCCAACGAUCCUUCAACAGUGAAAGAAACAAGCCUGCCCUGUCAGGGGAAACUGUGGCAUGACAGGUGUAAAAUGAACAAAAAUCUGCAUCGGCUAAGAGGAGAAAAUCUAGAGGAAGAUAAAAGUACCAAACUGAGGAAAAUGAGAGAAAUAAGAGAAAAACAGGUGUCACAGGGACUGAGUGACUUUAUGAAGACAUUUAUUGAAAAAAUUAAAUUGCAGAAAGACGAUGAAAAAAAGUAUUUCCUUAAAUGGAUGAUGAACCUGUUGAAAGACUUCACUUCAGAUGAGCUCUGCAGACUUCAUAAGGAGUAUGACAAGAAAUGGAAUAAAGUUUUAGAACUGAAGAAGAUGUCUAAUAAACUAGACCAACUACAGACUGAACGAACAAGCCUGGAAAACAUAUCAGACAAAAUUAAUAGGACCGGUUUUGGCUUGGAGCAUAUCCUGAGAGAGUUUGGUCAGAUAUUUGAAUCAUGGUCAUCUUUGAAGAAGAACAAGGAAGAUCAUCUGCAGUUUGACGUCUGUUCUCUCCCGAGACUUGCAGCAGAGAUGAUGAUCUCAGGUUUCCCCAUGGAGCUGAUGGAUGGAGAUGCUGCUCAUGUUCCUCUCACCUGGGUCACUGCUGUUCUAGAUCAACUUGUUCAGAAACUGGGAGACCAGAAACUCUUUGUGCUGUCAGUUUUAGGGAUUCAGAGCUCUGGGAAAUCCACCAUGCUGAAUGCUAUGUUUGGACUGCAGUUUGCCGUCAGUGCUGGAAGGUGCACCAGGGGAGCUUUCAUGCAGCUGAUCAAAGUGUCAGAAGAGAUGAAAGAACAACUGAAGUUUGACUACAUUCUGGUUGUUGAUACUGAAGGACUUCGUGCACCAGAACGGUCUGAAACCUCAACAAUGGACCGUGACAAUGAAUUGGCUACAUUUGUUGUUGGUCUAGGAAAUAUGACCCUGAUCAACAUCUUUGGAGAAAACCCAUCUGAGAUGCAGGACAUUCUUCAGAUUGUGGUUCAAGCUUUCAUGAGGAUGAAGACGGUCAGACUGAAUCCCAGCUGCAUGUUUGUGCAUCAGAAUGUCUCAGAUAUCACAGCUGGAGAGAAAAACAUGGAGGGAAGGAGACGACUGCAGGAGAAGCUGGAUGAAAUGACAAAACUUGCUGCUAAAGAGGAAGUCUGUGAUGCAGAGGGAUUCAGUGAUGUCAUUGGUUUUGAUGUUCAGAAAGAUGUGAAGUAUUUUGCUCAGCUCUGGGAGGGCAGCCCACCCAUGGCUCCACCAAACCCAAACUACUGCGAGAAAAUUCAAGAACUCAAGCAAACUAUUGUAACACAUGCUUCAAAAUCAGACGGCAUAAUGCUGAAACACCUAAAAGACCGUAUUCAAGAUCUCUGGGAAGCUUUGCUUAAUGAAAAAUUUGUGUUCAGCUUCAAAAAUUCUCUGGAAAUCGCAACAUACAAGAAACUUGAGACCGAAUACAGCAAGUGGACCUGGAGCCUUCGGAGUGCCAUGCUGGAAAUUGAAAACAAACUUCAAAACAAAAUAGAAAAUGAAGAAAUUCAUAAUGCUGAGCAAGUUGAUAUUCAAACAGAACUAAAAGCAAAAAGUGAAGAAGUGAAAAAGACAAUGUCUGAUUUCUUUGAGAAAGACAGAGAUGCAAAUAUACUGAAUCAGUGGAAAGCUUCAUUUGAGAUAAAAAUCAAAGUGGUUCAAGAAAACAUUGCGAGGGAAGCUAAGAGAAAAUUAAAUGAGGUUCUUCAGCAGCGUGAACUGAAGAAAGACAUUGAUGCUGAGAGGACAAAACAUGAAAACACUCUGUUUGAAAACAGCAAAGAACUUGCUUUAAAAUGUAAAGGCCAAGCAAAUUAUGAAAAUGUCAUGAAAACACAGUUUGAUUCCUUUUGGGAACAACAGACAGAAAAGAUCAUCAAAGACACUCCUAAGGUUGAAGCUAUAGACAUAUUAAGAGAUGUGGAGAAAAUCCUCAGUGAGAACUAUGAAAGUCUCCCUUUAGGCCGUACGAGUCAGUGCAAAGAUAUGCCCUGUUUGCCAAACUAUUCAGAAUAUGUAAAAAUAAAGGAAUCUGAAGGAUUUAGAGGACGUUGUAAAACUAUUUACCUAAAAGGUAAAACAAUUUUCGUUAAUACUUUAUCUGAAGAUGAUGUAGCUCAGAUAAAAGCCUUAAUCAUAGACAUCGCUGAGAACACAGAUAAAAUGAUCCAGUCGUAUAACAUUGCAAAAAUGGGCUACAACAUUAGCCACAUUCAACAUCUUGUGGAUUACAUACAAGCAAGGAUAAUCCAGCAUCAGGAAGAACCAAAAGUGAACUAUGUGUUCAAGAGUGAAUUCUUCAUGGAUUUGGUACUUUACACCUUCCAUAAAGCAAACCAGACAUUCACUGAUCAAUACAAAACAUUCAGGGAAACAAAUGACCCUGUUUUCUAUUUUGAGAAGAAGAAGAAAGAUUACUACAGAAUUUUCCAAAAAAACUGUCAAGGAGCUUCAUCAACUGCUAUUUUUGGUGAAUUUGUUUGUGAUAAACUUAAAGAGCCCAUUCAGCAGAAUGUCUACAAAAAAACUGCCAGAGAUUUAGCAGAUGAAAUGAGGACAAACUGUGAAUCGCUAAACGGAAACCGAUCAAACCUGGAGAAACACAUCCUGAGGAAGCUGGCAGAAAAACAUGAUUUCAAAUCAUACAUGACCUACAUUAAAAAUCCUAAAGAACACUUCAAGAAUUUCAUCAGAGAUGAAGUUAGUCAGUACAUCACAGAAAAAUUUGAAGAUAGUGUUCGACCGAAGAUGAAAGACAGUGUUAAACUGCUGGAGCAGAAGAUCAUAAACGCAGCUCAUGAAUCUGCCAAACAGACUAAUGCUGAUUUGUGGUUGCAUCUUUUCACUCAACAGCUCUCUGAUGUGCUUGUUUUCUCUAAAAAAGACCUCACUGGAGUAAAUCAGGAUGACGUUGAAGUCAGCUUCCUUGAAGAAGUGAUAAGAAAAGAACUUCCUUCUAUAAUGUCUGACAUACACAGUAAAUCCAGCACAGAAACUUUUCCAGUAAAGCUGGAAGAGAAAGACAGACCAGAUGAGAUUCUGUUCAAUCACUUCAGUCAGUGCUGUUGGGUUCAGUGUCCUUUCUGUGCAGCCAUCUGCACCAACACCAUAGAGAAUCAUCCGGGAGAUCACAGUGUGCCUUUCCAUCGAAAUAUUGGACUGAAUGGGUGGCACUACAUAGGAACAACAAACCUAUCUAUCAACAUAUGCACAUCAGCUGUAGCCAGUGAUCAUUAUUUUUAUCCAAAUAGCUCAGAUGAUAAAUUCAAAGUCCUGUGGAAGAAAUACAGAACGGGAGGUCCUGAAUACGCUUCAUGGAGCAUCACCCCAGAUCUCUCUGAGCUGCCGUACUGGAAGUGGUUUGUGUGCACAUUCCAAAAAGAUCUGGAAAAUUACUAUGAAAAAACCUAUGAGGGGAGUGGCAAGAUUCCAGAUGAAUGGAGAGAAUACUCUCAAGAAGAUGCUAUUGAGAGUCUGGAUAAAUAAUAAAUACAUUUAAGGAAAAAAUAAAGACUCUGAUACAAAGAAGGUUUAAAUGAAUAUCUUUACCACAGACAUUGUUCAGGGACAUGCAGCUAUGAGAAAGCAAUUUACUUUUAAACAUAUGACCGGAAAGUUGAAUACUGCACUUCAAGAGUGGUUGACUUCCAUGAUUUAGAGAGGAUUACAGUCAAACUGCUCCAGGGUUUACAUGAACCGAACCCCAGCCCAGCGUUUCAAGCGCACUUGAUGGUGAGCACGGAGUUUGGAAGAUUACAUUCAAAGCAUAUAAACCAAACUCUUGACAACAGAAAAACAGACUGAUGUCUGAACCAAAAGCACCUAAUGUAAGAAAUGCUGUUUGCCUGGUUUAAACUAAAAACAGAUCAAAAUAAUGCUCUAUUUGUGACAUAAAAUGCCAUAUAAAUAAAUGUUUAAAUGCUACUGGCUUGGUUUGGACACUGCCUGCAGAAUUUUUCUUUUUCUGCAGAACACUGUUGAUUAUGUAGAAUAUUUAACAGGUAAAUGUUAUUAAUAUAAAACAAAUAAAAAAAAAAAAAAUAGUGCAAGGUUAACAAUCUCCAAUACUGUUGGUUAGUGUUAUUUAAGGUAUUUGGCAUAUGGUAUUUGUACAACCAUCAAAGAUGUACAUCUCUCCACUGAAAUGAUUUUCGAUGUUUUAAUAAUCAAGCAAUGAGUGAAUUUGUAGGAUGCUUUCAUUAUCAAAGAAACUUGUAAAAUAAAUAAAUAAAUAUAAAGAAA